AUGUCAGUGGACUGGAGAACUGAGAUCAAAAGAUGUAAGUAGUAACGGAAAGUGCAUUCGUGUGCUAUUAUUAACUUCAAAUUCCAAACACAGUCCUUUAAUAUUUAUUGGCCAGAACAUUACACAACAGACUCAGUUACAGAGGAGUUAAUUAUUACCAGAAGAAAUCUAUUUCUGUGAAUCAGUUUAACAUUAAUUGGCCGGAAAAAAAAGUUUCCCGGCUGCCGGGUAUUAACAUUAUUAUCAUUAUUAUUAUUUGGGGAGCAAAGGAUGGCGCAGAGGUGAGAGCGCUCGCCUCCCACCAGUGUGGCGCGGGUUCAAAUCCCGGCGUCGACGCCAUAUGUGGGUUGAGUUUGUUGUUGGUUCUCUCCUUUGCUCCGAGAGGUUUUUCUCCGGGUACUCCGGUUUUCCCCUCUCCUCAAAAAAAAUCCAACAUUUCCAAAUUCCAAUUCGACCAGGAAUCAGAUCCUGUAAUUCCGUUUAACCUUGAACCUGGUAGACGAAGAACCACUUUGUGGAUGUGCUACCUCAAAAAUCAUUAUUAUUAUUAUUAUUAUUAUUAUUAUUAUUAUUAUUAUUAUUAUUAUUAUUAUUAUUAUUAUUAUUAUUAACAAAGCGAUAGACAGUCUGUAACAGAAACAACGAAAAUGAUAUUCUUAAACGGGAACAGACAAACAGAUAUAGCUGAAACGAAAUGAUAAAAUACAUCUCCUUUUUAGUAUCACUUUUUGGCUUAAUUUAACAAAUAAUUUCAAAAUUCUUUCCGUCAAUUCUGAGUUUUUUCAAAAGCACGUUUUGUGGAACUCAUUAAACCAGGCAUUAAAAAACUUUUGACAAGCGCUAAAGGUUAAUUUUGAAGAUUAUUUCUUUUGAAUUACUAAAUAUCUUUUUCCUAUUUCUUGUUCUCUAAAGGAUCACUUAGCAUCGUGCCUUUUCAAGUCUGUUUCUUGUACCAACAAAAACUGUGACGUGAAACUAACAAGGAAUACCUUACAAGAACACGUGACCAUGUCGUGUCCAUGGAGGAUUGUUAGCUGCCAAUACUGCUUAUUUUCGACCCAUUCAGCCUGUAAAACCGAUGUAAGAUAAGUGCACAUUUGUUUUAAUAUCCGUGACAAACAGACAAUCGAAAAAGUAAUUAUGAUAUAUGUAGUCUAUUAUAUUGGUAUUUCAAUGUUUUAAGUGAAUCAAUUCAAAUACACACAUUUUAUGCCAUAAUCGUGUAGUUUAGCUUUCUUGUUCCGUUUUUUAGACAGAUUUUGUAUAAGAGCGGUCCCUACAACCUAGCUGAUGUGUCACUGCUUUGCUAUGAAUAUAGCAGAACCUAAUAAAACUGCCCGUUCCCAAACCAAACCACCCCCAAAUCAUCUUUACCUGUCUAUUAUACGCUAAGGUAUCAGUAUAAACGCAAAUUUAUUGAUUUUGAUCCUUGUCACUCCACAAGUCAGGCUCCCCUAAUUAAUAGCCGUGUUAAAAGAGUCAGGACGCCGUGAAACUUUCAUUGGACACUUUUUUCCCCAUGAUCAAUAAUACUGAGCUCUGAAAGAGUUAAACUCGUUAAUAAUUUCGACUGACUAUCAAGAGGGACAGAGUCAUUUAGGUGUAAAUGUAUUGUAAUAAAAUUUUGAUUAUUAAAGUAACAUGCUAAUAUCACAUUUACAGUUUUUAAACGCUUUGUCUUUUAACCUGAUGCAUUGUUUAAAGAUUCAUCAGAGUAAAUGCAGAAGAUUUCCAUUAGAUUGCCCUGAGAGCUGUGGAGCUGUCAUACCGAGAGGGAAGGUAAGGUUGUAGCCACAAAGAUCUCGUCUGACAUGUGGCCCGUAUAACACAACUUCAAUUUAGUCUGUCGCCAGUUAUUGAUUUUCGAUGGAUAUUUAUUUACCUAACUGAUAAUACAAUUAUAAAGAAAUUAUAUCAUUUUCUCCAAAAUUAUGUGCUUGCUCACUAAGCUGGACUUUUCAACUAAUUAUAUCGUAUUUCUCGGUUUUUUACAGAUUUUAUUCCACAUUAAGGAACAAUGUCCUCUGACAUUAAUUCCCUGCCCGUAUGCUCAGAUAGGCUGCACUACAAAGGUAAUACUUUUCACGACGUACUUAAGUUGUCAAUAACCUAAGUAACGUGUGAAAAGGACAAAUAGAGAGAUUACAGCCUUGUGACAAACAAAUAUGUCCCCUGGGUGUUGGACUUAAAGUUACAAACAACAAAUUUAAACUUUGAAAAACUGUGCAUGCUUGGCUGAACAGUUUUCAAAAACUCCAGUUUUAACCCGUUUUAAGGUGUUUCCAUACAGUUUCUCGGAGACCACACCGAUUUUUUUCAGUCGCCUUAAAAGUGAUUUUAUCCUUGUGCGAUCGCCACAAAAUUUUUACCAGUGAUUGACUAUGAAUUGAAAUUUGUCAAAAUGCAGUUUUUAGUAAAAUCGAUAUCACUAUGACAACAAUAAACAAAAAAUUUUGAAAUCGAUAAAAUCCAAAUUUCGCGUGAUUUUGACCUGCCAGUGAAAACCCAACACCAGGAACUUAAAGAGUGAUGUUUAGCAAAUAACCUCCGUGAGAAGUAAAAAAGUUCUGUAUGUUUUAAUUUUUCAAUAGUCGUGAUAAAUUGUUUGAUAAAAAAGUUCUAAAUAACUCAAAUGAAUCUUAAGUAACGUCAGAAGGCUACUUUAUAUUAGAUUUCAAUGCAUGGAAAUUUUUAUGUAUCUUCUUUCUUGUGAUUCUGAAAAUUAACCUGUUUUCUCACCACCGGCCUAAAUUUCAGACUAUUACUUCGAGUAGUUUUUUACUCCCUCAGUAACGUCUGAAUAAACCGGCCGUUAGUGCCGUGCAGUGACGUCACACCCGAACACCGGGUAGUGAUUUGAUGGGUUGGUUGUCCAAACAUUUUCAUAAUUAAGUAUGAUUAUGAGAAAUUUUAGCGGGAUUGUCGUUUGAUAUUCGGCUGAUCGCAUGCCUGGCAUACUUGCGUGGAGUUCAAAAAUUUCGACUGAUCCUUAUCGUAAACAGCAAAAUAAUAAAUUGCCCUUGUCUUCGAAAUUAUGAAUUGUUAAACUGAACUAUGAAUGAAGAAUCAUUGCGCAGAGUCGAUAGGUUUUUCAUUUAGAGCCGCCUUGUGCACGGUUUGAGCAGUGACUUUGUUACAAUUCGACCUUCUUGUCAUUUCCACCGUCAAGUGUAACGAUUCUGUUAGCUUUUCUUUCUUCUUCGUUAAGGACCAGUUAGCUUCUUUUAAAUUAAAGCAAACUGUUGUAUUUUUGAAGUGCUCCAUGUGUGCAUUUAUUUCAUUGCGUGACUGCAAUCGAGUUUGAUUCUGGUUAUCGCAUGCAGUGAUGCAGCUGACAGUUUAAAUGUUAAACAUGAAUUACAAUCACUGAAAAGAGUAAACCAAUUCUGUAUCAUGUAGACUAUUUUUCCAGACAUUUCUUUGUUUGCCAGUUGAAAAUCGUGUUUUACUAUUGCAUGAAUUAAAGCAAAGGAGUAUUGACGUCACUGGACGGCAUAAACGGUCGGUUUAUUCAGACAUUAGAGUGAAAACGACUCGAAGAAAUCGUCUGAAAUUCAGGCCACAUUUUAAAUUCCUGGUGUCGGAUUUUCAGAAGCAGGAGGUCUAGAUUGCGCGAAAUUCGGAUUUUAUCGAUUUCAAAGUUUUUUGUUUAUUGCUGUCAUAGUGAUAUUGAUUUUACUAAAAACUGCAUUUUAACGUACUUUAAGUCUUACUUAAUCACUGGUGAAAAUUUUGUGGCGAUCGGACAAGGAUAAAAUCACUUUUAUGGCGAUUGAAAAACAUCGGUGAGGUCACCGAAAAACUGUAUCGAAACACCUUAACAAAGGAUCUGUUCGAUUGAUCGUACUCCAGAGUAAGAAUCAGCAGACAUUUGUGAAAAAUCUCUUCAACCGCAAAUUUUUGGACCAUUCGAAUGCCACGACAUCCAUCUUUAUUAUUAAUGUCCACCAGAUUUCUGUAUUUUUUCGUGUAAUAAAAGCCAAAACAAGUGAUUUUUAUUCCUUCUUUUUCUUUAUUCUCUAAAAUGGUCAAUCGAAUGGCCCUACAUAACCCAAUACUGUUAACUGAAGUUUUUUUCGACCUUGUUUCAAUUUAACCGACUGCCGAUUUGUUUUUUCAGAUUAAAAGAGGAGAAGUCGAAUCUCACCUGCAAUCUACACUGAAAAUGCACCUUGACAUAGCUUGUGUGGAGUUGGGUAAUACCCAGAGGGAGUUGGCGAAGACCAAAGGACAACUUGAAGAUAAGUUUGUGAGAUCUCAGCAAGAGUUCAAAGAGAUCUCAAGGAAACUUGAGGGAAAGAUAAAUAAUCUAACAAGAAAACUUGAGGUUAAGAUUGAUGGUAUCGAGAAAUUGGUGCUAUCUUCAGAUGAACAAAAUUAUUUCAGUUGGAAAGUCAGUGGCUUCAGCAAAGCCUUGAAGAAAGCUAAACAUGGGGAAAAAACAUCAAUUCUAAGUGAUCCAUUUUUCAGAUUUGCUUACAAAUUUAGGUUAGUUUUGGAUCCAAAUGGUUACGGCAUGGGAGAAAAUACACACCUGUCGAUAUUCGUCUUUGUCAUGAAAAGUGAAUAUGAUGCCAUAUUAUCCUGGCCAUUGAAUACUACAAUCACUUUUAGGUUGAUUGACCAACAAGAAGACGCAAAUGACAGGGAAAACAUCGUGAAGUCCUUGAGAAUAGCUAAACAUUUGAGGUGCUUUGCGAGGCCUAUGACAGAUGGCUACAAAGGGCGUGGCUUAACAACAUUUGUAUUGCACAAAAAACUAAAAGAAAGGCGCUAUAUUCUGAACGAUUCUAUCUUAAUUCAGGUUCAACUAACCCCACCACAAUAGCCGUUAUUCAAUCUGCCACAAAAAGGCGUGCUUUAGAGAAAUGACCAAGGCUUUGCUUCUUUGGGAGAAUCCGAGAGUUGACUGACUUAUGAUAUCAGAUUCUUUGGAUUCGUUACAAGAACUCCCCUCCACCCGAAAAAAAAUUCGUAAGAGAUUGUUUAGCGUGCCAGCACUAUUUGCACGAACCGGCAAAAAGAAGGGUGGUCUCCUAUUUUCACAGAACUUGUCAGGUAGACUUUGUUGGAUUUUGCGCCCAAAGGAGGGACGGAUUUAUGCCCCCCCCAAACAGAUUUAGAUUCAGGUUCGGAUUCAGUAUUUUUCUUUGGAGGAGUUGCACCACGAAGGAAUGGCCACGUAACUGACUGGUGACGUAAGCAAAAUUUAAAGCCGAAUACGAAGAAAAAAGCUUUUGACUAGGCAAUAAUAUAAUGUGAACUGCUGAGAAUACACAUCAAAGGAUAUAGCAGAUUUUGUAUAACUGUAUCAGAAAGCAGUAGGUCAUCUCAGGGGGGAGGGGAUGCGCACCCCUUGCACCCCCCGUAGAUCCGCCCCUGAGAUAGAAUACAGUGUUUUCGGCGUGUGAAUUCUUUCGAUUGAAAACUCGUUCUUGGAAAGCAAAAAAGAAAAGUCUGUUUUGGAGUCAAGAAUCCAGAGUCAGAGUUGGAUGUAAUUUCUUUUUGAGCGUAUUUCAGUUAGAACAAAGAUAAAACAAUGCACUGUACAUUUUCAAGAUUGUUAAAGCUAAUAAUCAUACAGUGAGAAGGCGAAAAUUGUAACUAUGUUCAUAUUUGAUUUGACUUAAUUAAGUUUGUAGAUGAGUCAAUUGAUCUGGAGACUAAACAAAACUAAAGUAUUAUUUUGUAUGACAUAAAUUUCUAAAUUGAGAUUAUUUUUGCAUCGUACAUGUCCUAAUUUAUUCGGAUUUUGAUUAAUUUGAGCAUGGUUAGCACAACUUUUGAUGUGAUAGAAAAUAGACUUUUUUAAUACCUUGCAUGACUUUAGAAGUCUAUAAGACGGAGUGAGUAGCAAACACAAUAUAAAUGAACGUAUUCGUGCAAGAAAGGAUAAAGGGGCUUUUUUUAUCCUCUCUCGAUUCGUGUCACUGUGUUCUCGGUCUUUAUAAAUCGAUGUUUCUACGAAUUAAAGUGUUUUAAAAAGUACAGUCUAACACUUACUGAUCUUUUUUCAUACACUGCAGUACAGCAGCACACAUGAAGUGCAUGCAAAUUUUAUUUUCUUUGGAAAGCGUUAUUUACACUUUAUGAGCGUACUCUAAAUCAUCCUUCAAAUAAUUACUCCUCAAGAAAAAAGCCCUUCAAGAAAAGCAUUAGUUAAAAUUAGACUAAGUAGUCAUCAACUUAGAAUUGAAACAGGUAGAUACGAAAAAAACCCUCACAAUGAAAGGAUAUGUUCCUUUUGUAACAGUAACGAAAUUAAAGAUGAAAAAGAUUUCCUAAUAGAUUGUAAGGCCUAUUCUCAGAUUAGAGACGUGUUUUUCUCUAAAAUAGGAACUAAAAUUCCAGAUUUGAAAUCACUUUCACACGAUAUAUACUUUAUCCUCUCUUGAUCUUAUGAAUUCUUCUAAUUAUUUAAUUAACUGCGAUUAGUUUUAUUUAUCUUGCAAUGCUUUGAAUUAAGAAACAAAUUAAUAUCAAUGAAUGGAUGAGAACUGUAAUGUACAGGAGAAAUUUCUGCUAUGUGAUUGGCUUAGAGCAGUGGUAUUUCAGCUUAAUUUGAAAUACCUACAUGUGAAAAUUACAAACCUUUUGCGGGUAGUAGUAUAAACAAAUAAUAGCAGGAUUUGUACGCGAUAUUUGGCAUAAAUACCACUCGUGAUAUUUCAAAAUUAUUUAUUUAUGCCAAAUAUCACUACAAAUCAUGCUUUUACCUAUACAAAUUUCACUAGUACCUUUUGCAAUACUGUAAUACCUUUAUGGUCAUGCAAAUAAAGCUUUUGUUGUUGUUCAGUUGUUGUCGCAACGCUGUGGCGCUGAAAGUUUCUUUUUUUAGGAUUGUUUGCUCCGAGCUUAGAAUUCUGAUUACAUGAACAACUUUCUGCCCUGCUCUAACCGUUUUACAUGUAAGUACUUUUUCAUCAGAUACUUAAGCAAUAGACCACACUUUCUAUGGGUAUACCGGCGUAAUAAUUCACGCGGGAUGUUGGGAGAACACGAGAAAAGACAAGCUUUUCGAGUGUUCUCCCAACAUCCCAAGUAUGUUACCACGCCGGUAAACCCAUGGAAAGUGUGUUCUAUUGCUUCUAUAAAAUAACUUUAAGUUUCCUAUUAGUUUACCGGCACAAAAAACCAUAGGUUUUUAACCAAUCAGAACGCGCGUACUAUCUUUAGUUAGUUAUUUUAUAUAAAGAUACACCGUUUCCCUGUACGGUUAAAUUGCCCGUACUACCCGUAGACGUAAAUACGGAUCGAUAAGCUUAGAUUACCUCUUACCCCAGCGAAACGGAUAAGCUAGUGAUUAAAACGACGAUGCCAUUACCAACUAUCAAGAAUCAUGCAUGGUCGCCUUUUAAAAAACUACAGUCGAACCUGUCUAAUACGGACACCGAAGGGACAGAGCUAAGUGUCCGUAUUAGAGAGGCGUCCGUAUAAAAGAGAUUACUACUACGACGCCACUUUUAUAAUUCCACUUACAGUUUUACAUGUUCAGUAGCUAAAACCAGGCUCACACUCGUCUUAAGACUCCAUUUUAAUUCACAGUACAAUGACACUCUCUUUCAGUAGCACACAACUUUAUACAUCUCAGCUACAAAGUAAUUGCAGUCGUAGACAAAUCACUGUUUUAAAACGAAGCGAGCUACAGCGCAAUGCGCAUGUAAAAAGUUUUAAAGUAAAGCACAAUUCUGAAAGCGUCUUUAGCUAUUUUACAAGUGCAGUAAACAGUAAAUAGAGUACAAAAUGUAAAAGAAAAGAUCUUAAUGCUAUCUGUAGUUAUUCAAGCCUUAAAAAAUCGGUUAUGUUUCUCUGUACUCCUUUCGCAUCUCGUUAUUUGAUAUACAGCAACUGAGCUUUUGAAAUCACCUUGCAGAGCUCAUCAGUCAGACGGGAUUCACCCUGUGCAGAUUCACCUGAUUGGGAUCGAGAUUCAUCUGAUCACUGCAGUGUUCGUAAUCAUGAUAAAGAGGUUAAGUUUAUACGAAUUUACUCUAUGGGGCCGAGAUUUAGUGUCCGUUGUCCGUAAAUAGAAAGAGUCCGUACUAAAGACUUUUUUUUAGAGAAAAUAUAUGAGAAUUUUGUUGGGACAUUGGAAACUGUCCGUAAUAUAGAGGUGUCCGUUUUAAAGAGGUGUCCGUACCGAGAGGUUCGACGCUACGUGGCAAACAUGUUCGCCUACUUGUAUCCCUAGAGAGAAACGAUGUAUCUAAAGCUCCCUCAUUGUCGUCUGUUUUUUAUCUAUGAAAAUUUUCCAUGAGUAGCCGGCGAACAGCAGACGUAUUUCAGGUCGUCGCUUUACUCCAUCCGGUUCAUUUCUCGGCGGGUGAAACCAGAAACAAAAGCGGAAAACACCGGAGAAAAACUAACACCAAAGCCAGGAUUCGAGCCAGGACUCCAGUUAGGACUUUUCUAAUCUUUCUGUAAGCAAAAAAUGAAUAAAUAAAAAUAAAUAAUAAGCAAAAGUAAAAGAAAAGAAAAAAAAAAGGACGCCUAACCUAACUCGUAACCUCCUAACCCCAACCCUAACCUUACCCAAAGAUAAUCCUAACCAGGGUUUUCCCUUACGCGCAAAUACGCGUCAGAGACGCGUUGUUUACCCGAAAAAGAAAAAGAAAAAAACGCAAAACACCAAAGAGAACCGGUCCUCUCGGACGCACAUGUUGUAGAGCAAUAGUUUACUAAUAAUUAGUUUAAAACUGCGUAGAUCUGCAAAACAUCUUUUUUGAGAAUAAAAUGUACAAACUUUUGAAUCUCCUUCUUUUGUCUGAUUCCUUUUUUAAAUCUAAAAAGAGCCAUACUCACUUGGAAUGGUCCUCAAGCUUGCUUUUUUGAUGUUCCGAUCGCGAAACUACAUUGAAACUCCGUGCAGAGGCUUUGGAACUAAUGUUUCAUUGUGAGGUAUUCUGGGACUUUCUGGGACUGGAAGAAAGUGAGUUGAAAAAACAUGGCGGAUUCGGAAACACAGCCCCGUGAGCCCGUUAAGUAAAAGAGGCAUUUUCUGCCUGCUUGGUUGAAAGAAUUUACAUGGUUGCGAUAUCUGUAAGUCAACAGGUAAGAGAAACCCUUUCACAACUACAAGCUGUAACAAUCUUCAGAAGUCGGCCCUGGAAAGGCACCAAGAUACUAAAGAUCACAUUUGAGUAGCAGUGACCUCAAGCUUUCAAAAAGCUGUCAGGCGACAGUCUCAAAUGCGAAGAAGAAUAUAGACAAUCAAACCCUGGAAAGUACAAGGAGGUACAUUGAUCAGCAUAAAACAGUGUAUCUUAUGACUAAGAAAAACAUUGCUGCUGAUCACUUUAUUCGAAUAAUUGGAACCUCAGGCUGCGAACGGUUGUAGUGAUGAUUCUGUUUUUACAAGAAACCCGAAGAAGGUUUCAGAGAUUUCCUGGAAUUUGAAACAAUGCUAACCUUAGGACUCCUACUGUUCCCUAUGGGACCCUCACCCUUUGGUUAAAGGAGUCUUCGGGACUCCAAAAGAAAAGUAUCGAGGGAAAACCCUGAAUAAUCCUAACCCUAACCCUAGCUUAACCCUAACCCUAACUGUAACCUCACCCUAACCCUAACCUAACUAACCCUAACCCUUACUCGAGCUUUCUUUCCAUGAUUGCCACGAAGACCCUCCUCUUAAUGGUCAUGGGACUUGCAGGACGUGAAAAUGGCGGGAAAGCGAAAAAUUGUCGAGUCCUGGCUAGGUAUAUAGGCAUCCUCAAAAAACCGGAUGCUCUCGCAGGCUAUUCCGUGAGGAAAUAUCAAACAACAAUCCAAGAGGCCGCGAUGAUAAGAUUUUUUGUUAUAUAAUAGAUAGGCCUUACUAUUUUUGACCCCUAAAUAACAAUCACUUAAAUCCCCAUACAAACCCUUAUAAUAUUUCUGUUAUGCAACGAAUCUCACUCGUGAACUUGGGGAAUCGUGGUACAAAUCGCAAACUGAGCAAGGAAUGUUUCAUGCUAAGUGACGCGGCCAGACAUAUAUUUUUACAUAGGGUCUUUAUGGAGAUCUGCUCAAGUAGCCUGUGUACAGACCCCUCUUUCCCCCCAGGGGAGGGGGGUCUGUACAUAGGCUAUAUAUGCUAAAGAAAAUUGAUGGGAAACUGAUGGAAUUGAUUAUUUGUCAGACGUUUUUACCCUUGUGAAGUUUAAUACUUCUUGUUGCACCUACCACGAAAGCUUAGAAGGCACAAGACGAAUCUUCGAACAACUUUGUCGCAAGAAAGAUUGAAUCACUACAACGUUCACAAGGAAAUGACUGACAAAUUGAACACGGCAGAUUUUGGAAAUCAGUUUUUUUUCAGCAUUAAAUGACAGGCAAAAUCGAUUUUGAAAAUUCGAUGUCAAUUAAUAAUUUCUCAAACCAUUUAUUCAACGCUAAAACAAAGUGACAAGUGAUAAUUUUCUCCGAAAGUGCUCUUGGUUUUUGGCCAUCUUAGUUUUCAAAGGAAUAACACACAAACUGCGGUUACAAACAUCAGAAAUAACAAACGCAUUGUAUAACUGACUUUUAUAAUACCGAACUUGACGUUUCGUAUGCUUCAACAUACAUCUUUAGAAGUGACCGUUAACAAGAGUGGCAACUAAAUUUAAAUUAAAAAAAACAAAACAAAGUGGGACAACUAACUAAUUCACGUGAACGAAAAAAAAUAUAUGUAACAGAUGAGAAAAUUUGCAUGAAAUCAGUAUGCAGAAUGGGUAUCUGAUUUUCUCUUGAAGAGAUGUCAAAAUGGUCCCAUUUCAAAUUGUGACCAGUUGAAGUCAGUGAAGUGAGGUGUUCUGCAAUAGCUGAUGAAUGACCAUUGCUAGUGAUUGCCUUGAAGUGUUCAGUUUUUCUGUAAUGCAAUCUCCGUUUGGUUUUGCCAAUGUAGAAAUCCUGACAGUCCCAGCAACUAGCUUUCUACGAGUAUACAUCCUCGGAGAGACCCAGGGGCAGUCAGUCGGGUCGGGAGAAAAGGCGGGACGAAAGUUUUCAAGUACGGGCGAAAGAGCCCCUGGGUCCCGUCUCUAACCGAACCAUUUCCUAAAAUUUAAGCGGAUGCCGGCUCCUGAUUGGGCACCAAAAAAUGCUUUGUGUUAUUGUGCCCAAUCGGCGAACAGUUUCUCCUGAGUUCUUUUCGUGAGUUCGUACACGACGGCUGUUGUCUCGCCACAGUUGCCCGGUUUGUUCACCAAGCUCAGUGUGCGUGCAAGGGAAACUUUUAUUUUCUACUUUCCUAACCAGAAACGAAGGAACUACCGAUGAGUCGCAAAAACGUUUGGGAUGCUAUCAAUCAGCAGGAGCAAUUCAGUUAACCCCGAGAAUAUUCUGUUUUUGACGGAUCACAACGUAUCGUAAAUAAUUGGAAGUUAGGAAUGUGGCGGCGACGAGAAAGUCAAAUAAGCAAUAGCUUGACAAGGCAAAACAACAACUUUGCACGUGCAUCACACUUUUUUGUACAUUUCUUUGCCGUCCACUGCACGAUUAUCCGUGAAAAUGGCUUAUUUCACGUUUUGUGAAGGACGUAAACUAGCAAUGACGAAAUUCAUUCUCUUCAUGAACUUGGAUAUGGUUGAUGGAAAUUCAGCUCCAGGAGUGUUCUCUUGCAUUUGACAAAGUAAGCGAGUUGGAAUAAUCUCUAUAGAGACUGGAAAAAUAUGAAUUCACUUUUCCAUGCGACGUUUUCGUGGCUGUACGUCAGCCGUCGUAGUAUCUUUUAAAACUCCCUAAUAGCCCCAAGACGUGACCGAUGCAGGCGUGAAUACCUUUUGUAAGCUCAAACUUGUAUGUUUGGAAGAGCGUCUUUAGUUUUCUGGCAGACAAUAUUUCGAAAUCAGAUGGGGAUUUGACAUCAAACUGAAAGUUUCCUGACUGCGUGCAUCUCUUUGAUGCAUGAUCCAGACAAGCCGUGAUCGCGGCAAUAGUAGUCAUGUACGAACUCACGAAAAGAACUCAGGAGAGACUGUUCGCUGAUUGGGCACAAUAAUACAAAUCAUUUUUUGUGCCCAAUCAGGAGCCGGCAUCAGCUUGAAUGUUUGGAAAUAGUUCGGUGAGAGUCGGUACCCAGGGGCUCUUUCACCCCUACUGUACGGGCAUGUGAAAACUUUCGUCCCGUCUUUUCUCCCGACCCGACUGACUGCCCCUGGGUCUCCGAGGAUGGUGGCAGGGCAGCAUCUGGUGAAAACAUGUAAGCAGAAAGCAUAUUUUCAAAUGAGACUUUGUUCAAGUAUUGCUUCUCAAUGCCGAGGGAAAAAUACUUUUUGUCAUAAAACUUCAAACUUCAAAGCAACAAGAUACUUCCAAAUUUCGUUCUGCCAUCCUUCACUGAAGAAAUGCACCCAUCAAAAAUGUGGGAAACUCAUCCAAAUGACUACUGGGUAUUUUCCAAGAUGGUGGACCUCUUAUUACUCAUUCCCAGGUCCUACACUUUCCAAGAUGCCGGCUGAGUCAAUUUCCCACCCUGGGGACGUUCAGGAUGUCAAAUUCCCUACCCACGUGCACUUCAUUAAGUCUAAUUCCCGUGGGUUGCCCGCCCCCACCCCCCCAACCCCAGCCUGGGGCAAACCAUUCAGGUGCAUAAAACACGAACAAAAAUGCAAAAACGCAUUGCAGGUUAUGAGUCUCGCUGCUUACGCAAGCGAGACUAAUAAUCUGCCAGAAAAACAACUGAAAAGAGCGUGGAAACGACAUUGGGAAGGCUCACGCAAAUGCAAUGGCGGAAGUUCCAGUUAACCGGCCUGUACCUUGUGGUUAUGACGAGCAAUUUGUUGAUCCGCCUGAUGAAGACCUGCAAUGCAUAAUAUGUUAUUUACCGUCGAGAGAACCAGUUCUUACGAGAUGUGGUCACAAGUUCUGCGGUCAGUGUCUGGAGGAACACGUGCGGAGGUAUUGAUAGUGUAAAGUUAAUCUGAAUUUAAAAUUUUUGUUAUCAUGCCUAGUGUAUUGUAUUUCAUGUUGCAUUACAUCAUUAUCUGUACUGUCGUGCCUGUUGUACUUGUACAAGUACAUUCUCUCAAGUGUCUAGAAAACGAAGACUUAGAAAACGGUUACCUAGAAAACGAAGACUUAGAAAACGCAGCUCUGCUAUACUCGUCAUAAUCGCAUCUACUCUCAAAUACUUAAUCAUCGAUCCCGAACGACACAUCUUUAACCUAAAUAACAUGUGUUAAAAACAUUUUACUUUUGAUAUAAAACUGAAAUACAAUUUUAGCCACAAUUAACUAUGGAACAUGUAGGAUUCUAUAUAACUGCAGCUUGCUGUGAUAAAAAUUGGUGAGCGAAAGACGCUAUUGCGUACGAAAUGAGCGUAGUAAUUUAUGACCACAGGGUAGUUAUAAAGAUAGCGUAGUGGCUAAACCGGCAAAGUUAGUGGUCAAAACGUGCGAACUUGUAUUGUAAUUUGAAUAUAUAACAACAAACACGAAUAAAAGACCACCAUAAAAGCCGAAAACAGCAGUUCGGGAGAAUUGGCAGUGAUUCUGAAAGAAGAGAAGCUGAUGUCGGCGUAGAAUAAUGGGAACGUUUAUUUUUUUUAACUCAUGUGUAUUUAAUGACAGAAAAGUGUUUUUAGUGCCGCCGGCGCUGAUGAGUCAUGGUGAGUAAACGAAAAUUUUGUGUUUUAACUGGCCUCCCACGCGGACGUUCUUGGGGGUUUGUCCAGCGUCUCGUGCUGUUUUAAGGUAACUCGACCCAGUUUUUUUGGGGGGGUACCAUCCUACUUUGAAGCUCUCUGGUAUCCCCACUUUUACUUUUAUCGUAAGUCUAACACAUAGAAUGGAUAACAUAUAGAUCAAUCUAUAGUAUAAAAUAAAAUUUUGGGCGAUCGGUGUAAAUGUCACAUGGUUGUAAUGCCACGCCCCUUUGAGGUCUGAGUCGAAAAUCUGCUGUUGCCGGCAUUUUUUCGUGAAAAUCUCUCGGCUACACAUAGUGCGCAUUAGUGCCUUGCGCUGAACAGAGUUUCACCAAAAUCGCAAAGACCCAAUUCAAGAAAUUCAGCGGUUUCCAAAUUUAGGUCAUAAUUUAUACGAAAAUGAUAAGCAAACUUUACUCGAUUAUAUCCAAUAAACUAUGAGAUUCAUCCCUUUAUUUUGGGCAUCGUUAUAACAGAUGGGUCCUUGCAAGUCAGCAAAACGCGUUAGGGCCUUGUAAAUGCGCGCGAUUUCGAGCAAAACAAACAUAUAGAAAUUAUAGUUUUCGCUAUUUGUUGACGUUUGUCAGCGUUUAAGAGUCCUUCUCACGAAAAAAGCAUCUUCUUAAAAAUUCGUAGUUUUUUUUCCUUCAAUUUUUUUCAGGGCCACAAUUGAUUAACUAACUAUCCGGACUCUGAAUUUCAUGGUCGUUGAAAAGUUGUGAUAUUAUCUUCUAUAAGCCCAAACUUGAGUAAACAUUGAAGAUUUUUAGCGUUUUGGCUGAGUUUGUGCUUGGGAGUUGUCUAUUGUUUCUAGUCUGUCAUGAUACAGCAUUCUUGUUCAGCACGCGCGCAAUGACCACGCUUGGCUGACUUCCGAAUGCUCACCGAGAUAUGAUAAUUUUGGUACAGUGAGACAGGCCAUCGCGUGAUACAUAGAGCCCCUGCUCUGUGUAUUGUCGAUCAAUAGCAUUCUUGCUCGUUGUGUAUCUCUUUGAAAUAUACCGAUUCAUAAGGAAGAUUUUCACACAUAUUCCAUACAAUAGGUAAGAUAAAUACAGGAAACGCAAGGUUCCAUGCACAGUUUCAGUUCGAUUUACACAGCUUUGAGCAAAACAUUCUCGGUUUCGAGAAUAGUUUAUUCUAAACCAUAAAAAAAGAUUUAAUUAGAAGUUUAAUUUUUCGAUAUUUCUAUUUCACUUUUUACAUUUAGUUCAUUUCAUUUGCCGGAAAGGAAGCCUUAGAAAUUAAAAGGACGUUUGAUCAAUUCACACUCGCGCAUUCUAGUCUUAUUUUAAACUUUAUAGCGGAAGGACAUCUGUGAGCAGGGAAUAAGUCAGUACAGAAUUUGAUUGUCGGCGAAUUUCUGUAAUCGUCCAUCGUUCUACUAGUGAGAAGCUAGCCGUUGUUCACUCGUCUUGCUUGUUUGGGGCUGAGUCUUCUUCCGGUGAAAGAGAGAGAAAGAGUGUCUAGCAAGGUUUCCAAUGAAAGAUUUGUGAACACAACUCGUGUCUGGCAAACUCUCCAAGUGUUUAUACAUACAGAGUUAUAGGCACCUUGUAACUUCUUCUGCGCUUAACGAGUGUCGUUAAAGUUUUGGUCCAUAACUUUCACUGAAACAACUGCUCCACAGAAUGUCACUGAUAACACGUAACGCAAAAGAGUGUCGAAGUAUGACUGCACAAUAAAUGUUACAAAAUCUACCUAAGCGGUCCCUUGGGGAUGUUCUGUCUUUACGUCAUCCUAACCAUUUCGUACUUGCGGGCGCAAACAAUAGAAACGUCAUCAUUACCUACCGAUUCUUCGCGGCCCCUGUUUAAGGAAAUCGAGAUUUUUUCUAUAUUGACUGUAUAACUGUAUAUUUCAACUGUAAGUACUUUCCUUAAUAUACGCGCGAGUUACUUGAGUGCCUCCUCGGGAUUUCGCCUCCUGGUCGAAAUCCCGGCGGGGGCAAGACUCAAGACCCUGUAAACCAUACCCUGUUCAGCGGAAUAUACCCGUAUAGGCCAAAUAAGGGAGUGCCCCCGGGUCAACAACGGCCCCAAAAGGGGCUGUUUACAUGGAGGGAGGAAGAUUCUAACACUAAGAAGAUUCUAGAGUGUUCUAGAAGGCGGAUCAUCCUUAUUAAACUAGCGCCAUAUGUUUUCAAUUCUGUAUUCAGUUUACAUGCAGAAAGUUGUUCUUGUUCCUAGCGCUAGGACCGCUAGGAUCCUCCUCCCCCCAUGUAAACAGCCCUAACAGAGGAUGGUCUUCUGCUAGCCUGUUGAACAGACCUUUGGUCGAGUGGGGAACUAUUUUUUUCCCCACACAGAGAUCCUGUUCACAGGCUAGUCUUCUGCCUGUGGUUUCAGAGGUUGAAAUUUACAAAGACUUUAGAACCUUUUCAAAACAAUAGAUUUUUUUUCUUCAGAUAUAAACGGAUAGAAAUUAACCGUCAGCCGUGGAGAAGUUCAGAAAAUAUUACUUAAAAAACCGUAUAAAAUGUUACAACCCUAUGAAGACCAUUCGGUUAAGGAUGCUAAAGGUGGAUUUCAAUCCAAGGAAUUUCUACUUCCUCAAAGGUUUAUCAUGAAAAACGUCACUGUAAUUUUCGAGUUAUGGACACGACAACAACGGUUUGCGUUGGAAAGUAUUAUUGAAGUUGUAGAUUUCAGAUCAGAUUGAUGUUUAAGGUUACGUUCGCACGGCAACGGUUGAAACAUUUGACCGGACACUUUGUUCACAUGGAACUUUGAACGGCUUGGCUUCUUAGGGGGUGCCUUACAUGAGAAAACUCGCUCCGGCGCGAGUUUCAUAUCGGGAUGACUUUUUUAUUUCGUAUCGCGUUUACAUGAUGACUGGGUCAUUUCAUAUCUCGUUAUUGGAAGGUACGCUUCAUGUUGAUAACAUACACGUAAGAUUCAAAAUCGCAAACAUUACGCAUGCGUUACCCGUUCCAGUCUACCAGCAGACCGAUUUCACACGGAAACGUGUGGUCGUUUCGCGUUUACAUGAUACCGUUGCGAGAUUUCGUACCGGAGUGAAAUUCUCGCCCCGGUACAACAACCGGGGUGAACUCACGCCGGUUUGACUCGCGCCGGCAUGACAUUUUGUGGUGGUAUCAUGUAAACAAAUGUAGAGCCACGAGAGGGAACCGGAGUGAACUCGCGCCGUCACGAAGGUCGCCCCGGUGUCAUGUUAACACCCCCUUAAUUUCCUUCCUGCUAAGAUGGUUUCAUGUGAACGGAACACCUCAACGCACGAAUUUUCCACCAAUCCAAAGUUUUUCUCGUACCGUGUGAACUAAGCUAAACAUGAAUUGUAUUUCUGCAUGCGUAAUAAGCAGUGAAUUCACACGCAAGGAUCGGGAAGUAAUGAAAUUUCUGUCAGCCCAGUUUCCUUGAAUUUGAUAUAUAUUUCUUCAUAGCUAUUUUAUCCAUUCAAAGAUUUUUCAGUCAGUGUUCAGCCUGGCAAAUACAGAGAAGUUAAGGUGAAAAAUUAACCGCUCAUUUGUAUGAAUGCAGGAAUGCAGAUUUGAAGUUUGAUACCAGUUGCGGUAGACAUAUUUUGAGCUAACUUGAAUAAAGCACGUUGAAAGAAGUGCUGGUCGUCAUUUAGCCUCCAGGGUGAGCCUUUGAUUGUGGCCUCCUCUUGUCUGUAAGGAGACCGCUCGUUCAUAGGUUAUGAAACAAGACGCAAAAAACAGUUAUUCUUUAAUUUUCAGUUAAACUGUAAUUAAAUUGAACUACCGCAUAGGCACAGGGUCCAGAGGAGUUUCGUGUGAAUAAAUGAAUUAAUUAUUUAAAGUCUCACCUUGAAAAAUGUCUAUACCUGUCGCUUAGCAUGAUUAAAUAGCCCAAUGGGAUCUUAAUGAAUCUACUGUAAACGAUUUCUUCGCUUCUUGUCUGACCAGAUCGACUUUGUUGUUCGCCAUUUUGAAAAUCAAUAACCGCAAGCCAUAUCCUCGCUGGCACACGGAACGUCGCCCGAAGGGUGACCGAAGGCUGUCGCCCGAAGGGCGACCAAGGCACGAAGUGCCGAGUAAAAUUUUAUACUGUAAGCCGAUCUUGCGAGCCCUCAGUCUCUUGGAUUGUGGUCCAUAGAAUGUGUAACGAAACUGUAACGCGAUCAAAAUAACCCAUUUUUUCAGAGGUUUUCGACGGGUUUUGAUGUUCUAACGACAAACCCAUCUCCUCUGGACCCUGUGCAUAGGUUGUCGAAACGUCAGUCACUGUCAACAACAACAGUCCUAUUCAGGACUACGUUCACCCGGACGAUCAAACUCAACCUACUUUUGAAAUGACUCCCUGGUUCAAACCUUUCACAGUUCAACUUUGUUUUCUAGGUCGUUGUUUUGCAGGCCUUCGUUUUGUAGUUCGUCGUUUUAUGGGUGGAAGGUCUUUGUUUUCUAGGUCGUUUUUUUCUAGAUACCGUCAGAUGAUUGAUAAUUAUCGACUUUGCGGUGGUUUUAAUGGUGUUACCACGGCGGCUGAUCAGUGUUGCCCCAAACCAGACCUGUGGGAGUUGAACCUUUUUUCUUUUGUAAAAUACUUCUUUUGUUCCAAUAAAUUUGCUUAGCUGCUGGCCACGUUAGUAGAAACGCUCUAUACCUAAUUUACUAUUGAGAAAGAAUUUCUAGCGAGUUUUUCUAGAUUAACACAAGGCAAAUAUGGGUUUCACGAGUCAUUGUGUUCAGUAUAUCGCACUAUUUCCCGGCGCCCUAUUCUGCGGAACCUUUGCUCUUCUUAUUUCAUGUAUAUUUUCUUUCAGUACUUUCUCUUUCAGCCGAAAGAAUCCUGAGUGUGGGCGGGAGCUGUGAUCUAUUUUUUUUUUUUUGAAGGAAGGUGACCUACUUGCCAGGCUUUUGAUCGUGAGUCGUGAAUCAAAUUAUUCUCAAAUGAAAACAAACACUUCAGCUACAAGCUGACGGCUUUUGGGGAUCUUUAUGAAUUAUAGUCUUGGAAAAUCUCAAAGCAAACGUUUGCAGACAUGUGUUGCUAUUUCCAAGCCCCCUCACGCUUUUUAGUUAUUUGUUGUUGUGGUUGGCACCUCGGCUGCCCUUUCGACGCCCUUUAACUUCUGUUAUUUCAGGAACAAUCCUGUGAUAUCGCCGGCAAGACAAUAAGCUCAUUACUAAAAAUAUAUUAAUAUUAAAGGCAGGAGCUAGGGGGAAGUCCGCUGACAUGUCCAGCAGAUAGAGAAGCCUUGGAAAGAAACAAGGUAAACUAGAACUACGUUUCUUGUAUAAAACCUCGCCAGCUGUGAAAAAGAAAGGGAAACUAGUCAAAGGGGAAAAUAUGAUUAAAAAGAUAAAUGGAUAAAAAUUGUACAACAAAGAAAAAAAAACAGCGUCACCGAGAGUCGAACCUUGGCCUUCUUCUUUUGGAAAAGUCAUUAUUUUUUAAGCGUUGUCCUGUGAAAUUCUGCCAAUAGACGUUGUUAUUUUAGUAGCUGGUGGGUGUAGCUUUAGCUAUUAUGAAUUCAAAGAUACAUUAGAGGAAAACUAGCUUAAACUCAUAUUUCAAAGCUUUUUUGCACAAUUUAUUUUGGUCGCAGGAUAAAAAUUUUUAGGGGAAAAAAUGGUGUAUUUUUAGACAUUUGCCCUCUUUUUCUACAUUUCAGGACAUUUUCCCGGACAAAUCAACCAAAAGAAGGAUUCUGUCACUAAUCAUCAAGUGUCCAAGUGAAGGUUGUGAAUGGACCGGUGAGCUGAGGGAUAAAGAGGUCAGGAUCGGUACAGUGGUGAUAAGAUUAAUUAACUGGAGGUUACCCCAGUUAACUGAACUUUUGGGUUUCAAAAAUUCCCUUGUUCCCUCAAACAAAAAUGAGGGUGAUGCUUGGGUUAUCCGUCAACCAUCAAACAAAAGCCGUUUUGAUUUUUGAGUUCCACCAACCCUCUCUUUCAAAACGAAGCCUAGUGCACAAGUUGGUGCAAAACCGGCCUGGUGCAAUACCCUAUAUGUGAAAGGAGGAGAAAGGAAGAUGAGCAACUCGGACGUGGCCUAUUAAUAGUCUACAAACGCACCCAAACAAGGGGUUCUUCUGGGGUUACCCCUGCCCAAAUUAUAUAAACAACUGAUUUCUCUCUAUAUUUGGGGUAUGUGAACAACUUUACUUUAUGGGUCCUUUAUCAGUUAGUUCAGCCUUCUAUACUAGUAAAAUUCAGUUAGUUCUUGUUGUAAUUAGAAAACAUUGAAAAAAAUUAAGUGACCAAUACUUAGAAGCAUUUGCCAUCGCCGGUUGCUGUAGCUUGAACGAUUUUGAAGAAAACAACGACAAAAAAAAUAAUAAUGUUAUAAUAAUCAAAAUUUUCGCCGGCCUUUAACGCUGCCUCCAACCCACCCUCCAUGUCAAUACGUGUUAAUACUCGGAUAUGUCCCGAAGUCUUUAAAAAUGCUACUUUUUCCCCCUCGCUAAUACCUUAAGCAAUUUCGUCUAGAAGGCGUCUCUAAGAAAAUGGGAGAGUCCCCUUUUAUUUUCUAAGGGAAACGCAAUUGGGGACAGGUUGGCAAUGUAGUUGUAUUAUUGGGGCGAGCGCGUGAAAGGUGCUUGUUUGUAUUCGUGACUCCGCGGCCACUAAAACAAAACGCCUGCAGUGAAGGCUACCUUACCUCCUAAGGGCGUACUGGCCGCGCAAAGAUGACGUGCACAAGGAGAGAGUAAGCUGUCCUAUUUCUUAUGCGCUUACCCCGCACGCCGGUGCUUAUGGUUCACGAAAGGGUUUAAAGGUCAAAGCCACUUUCGUAGUAAGCUAUGGUAAGGGGACAUCGUUCAGUUUAAAGGGAAUGAAUUUAUUUUAUCGAAAUAUUAUUUCAACAGAAACACUUGGAUUCUUGCCCUCUGAAUAUGGUUUCGUGCACCAACGAAAAAUGUGAAGUAAAAGUGGCCAGAAAGGAUCUGGCUGAACACGUCGCCAACACAUGCGUAUGGAAAAUUUCCAAGUGUCAUCAUUGUAAAGAGCAUGUUUCUCAGUGCCAGAUGGAGGUAAAACCAAAUUAGUUUUUAUUAAUAGUUUUCGAGAACCUUAAUAACGCCCCCCCGCCCCCCCCCAAAAUAACGUAAGGUGUUAAUUGACACGACAAUGAAAUAAGCGCACCGUUUUCAUGAUAGAUACCUCUUUAGUGAUAUCCUCUAUAAGAUCUUUACUAAAUUAAAACAGGUUCUUUGGGGUUUGUUGUUUUAAGGGUAUAGGUGAAUAUUUUAUAACUCUAUUCAUAAAAUAACUAAGAUAGUACGCGCGCUAUGAUUGGCCGAGAGGCGUGUUUGCAUGGGAGUAUGUAAACAUGGUUGUGACAUCAAGAUGUUUUGAAUGUUUUGCUUUUCACGUACUAAUCACGCAAGCACGAAUUUGAAAAAGGUUUUGAGUUGAAAACCUCGACAAGUUUACUUUAUUGAGCCAUUUCCUCGUCGGCUGAAAGUUGGAAAAUCUUUGCAAAACAUGGUGUGUCAAUUUUGAGCUGAGCUGACAUUUUAAGCGAGAAAAAACCCGUAUUUUGGAAAGCAUCUUUUUGCAAAACUAGGACUGAUUACGCGUACAAGCUUCGUGUACAAGACUUCGGUAAGAAUUUGUCUUUUAAUCAGUGCCCUAAACAAGAGAGUUUUGCUUUUUUUCUCGGGAAAUUUAUUUCAUAAAAGCAAUAGAAAACUUUUUACCUGUGUUUGCAUAUCCUGAUAUAAACACUCGAGGGGUUGGGAGCGUGUUUAUAUCAGGCUAUGCAAACACGGAAAACGUUUGCUAUUGCUUAAAUAACAUUUCACAUCUGUUAUGAAUUAAGUCCAGCUGAAAAACGCUGCUUCGUAAGGUAAGUGACUGUAUUAUGCUGAGUGUUACAACUCUGUCUCAAUAGUAGUCCACAUUGUGAAGCUUCAACCUCCAGGCUGCAUUUUUCAGGGGCACCCAACGGCAAUUUUCGGGAAAAUAUCUCUUCGGAAGACAAUUUGAGAACUAGAAUUUUCGGAGCAUUUGUUGUAAAAUUUCUUGCUUGCCUGCCUCUCCUAGGAUUUUGGAACAUCUACAAAAUGGUGUAAUUGCCCAUUUUAAACGGAUAUUUACCCUAAAAAAGGCCACCUAGAAUUUUCGGGAGCCUUUUCCUGGCUGAAAUUUUCGAAAAGGUAAAUUUUGAUCCCUAUAAUUUUCGGAUCACUAGACUUUCAGCUAGGAAAUCCGAACAGAUGAAAAGUUUUUAGGGGAUAAAAAUAUGCCUAUAUCUACCGUUUAAAUACUAAAAUACGUUCAACAAUGCUAUGUUAAGUGGUUUUGAACUAUAUCCUCGUUGGGUGCCCCUGAUUUUUCCCCUCACCAUUCACGGGGCUUGAUUGUAAUGUUAAGACCUGAUUACACUCUUGGUCCUCUAAUUCAUCCUCAGCCUUUCGAAUACAUAAUGUUUAUGUCUCAAAAUUCACUUCCUCCGCUAUUUUCUUCAUAUUUUCAUUUCUUAUUCUUGGCAGGCACAUCUAGAAAACUGCGAGGGUCUUGUAACAGAAUGUCCAAACAACUGCGGGAUUAAAAUAUUAAAGGAAAAGGUAAGACUGGUUACGAUGUGUGCUUAGGUCACCCGAUAAUAAAAUGUAAAUGUAACUGGUUUUGCCCACGAAGCAUUUGGGAGAUCUCACAAGGACGAAAAUGUUCGUGCAUUCCAAAUGGAAGUAUCCGGAAAAUAACCUCUCGGAUUACUGCAGGGAAGAAAACCAGCAUUAGUAAACUCAAGCCGUGGGCAGGGUGACACAGUUGUGAGAGCGUGAGAGCCUGAAAGCGCUCACUUCCUUGCAAAUUUGCCUGGGUUCGAAUCCCGGAAGCGACGCCAUGUUGAGUUUGUUGCGCAGUGAAACCCCGCCUUAAGACUACCUUGGUGAUACAGUCACCUCGAUCGUUGUUACGGCCACUUUUUUUGGCCGCCUGGCAAAAAGGCCAUACACAGUUUCUUGUAAAAAAAUCCCUCGUUAAUACGGUGACCCGUUAAUACGGCCAAAUUUGGUGACCGUAUUAACGGUGUUCCACCGUAUCUACUUCCACUGUAUCUGCUUACACUGUAUCUACUAUACUACUAGUUCAUUCUCUCCAAGUUUUUUAGGUCAAAAUGGUUAGACAGCCUGUUUCAUUCAAAACUUUCCCUUUCGUUUGUCGUUACCUGCACAGAUCGCUUGCACGUGGAGGUGUGAAGGUGUUAUAAAGUAUUGUAGGGUAACUGGAAAAUCCAAAACCUUAUUAAUAACUAAGUUAUUGUGUUCCUACAAGGUCCCAUACCACGUUAAAAAUACAUGUCCGCUGACUGAAGUUCCCUGCCCAUAUGAUUGGAUGGGCUGUACAUGGAAGGUAAUUUUUUUUAUUAUUAGAAUAUUUAAAAUAUUUUGUUGUGGAAUGUUAGAAUGGACACAGGCAGCAUAGGGUUUUAUUACUAUUACAUUUUUUUUUAAAAUUUUUAGUCUCUGUAACAAUUAUCCUAUUAGACAAUAUCUUUUUAUAGUCCGAUACUAUGUAGUUUUUAACAGGUGAAGAGCCAAUAGGUGGAUACAAUGGUAAUAAACCAUUAUUAUUAUUAUUAUUAUUAUUAUUAUUAUUAUUAUUAGGAACAGGGAAGUUGUGUAACGGUUUACGUCAUUGUCUAUAGUCAAAGAAAAUAGCUUUGACUCCAGUUAUUCCUCAGCAGCCCAUCACCGUUAAUAAGUUACUACUGAAAAGGAGGAUAACGUUAUCCACGGGAUAAAUAUCUAUCUAUUGGAUAGUAGCAUUGGUCUCCCUCGUACUUAUCCACUGCAGUAAUUUAUCCAGUCAGAUCCAGUGGAUAUAGCAUUAUCCAGUGUUUCAACAACUGGGGUCUGAACCAGACAGGGUAGGAAAAACGCAGUGCUCUCCUCAGUCGUGGAGGUCGCAAAAGCACGACAACAAUUUUUUUCUUCUUUCCUCUAAGCUUGGAUAGAAUUGGACGAGUUGCAAAAGAAACGUUAAUGGUACACAUGUAAUCGACGUCUUGGAUGUCCCCACCGUGAUGGUUGCUUAAGACAUCUCAAACUUGGUACUCCGAUGAUCUCUUGUUGAUGGUGUUAAUACAGCUAUAGAGAAGUGUAAUAGAACAGGAUUUGGACGCUUUAAAAAAAAUACACACACGCACAAACGCGUGACAUUAAUUUUGUUUGAGAAAACCUUCCGUCAAACUUCACCCUUCUUUAAACAGAUCUUUUACUUUAAAUGAUCAUAAAAUAUUAAUGUGAAGUGAAGUUUACGACAACGCACACAUUCCAAGUAAUUUUUAUAGCCUUGUCACGUUUGCAAUGUACACACAAGCGUUUUGCCAUCCUCUUCUCCUUUCUCGACGUCCUGUUGAUAGUAACGACGACGGCGACGUCAACGAGUACGGCAAAAAUGCAAUAGGUUUAAUUAGCAAAACAAAGACUUUGCACGUGCAUCAUGCUUUUUUGUACAUUUUUUUACCGUCACUACGCGACUACGACCGGGUGAAAAUGCCUAUUUUCACGUCUAGUGGAGGACGUUAACACGAGACAACAACUUGCUUUUUCUUUUCCUGAACUUCGAUACAGCCUCCAGGAAAAACUGCCAACAUUUGGCGAAUUGAACCAGAGGCAUAAGCGCGACAAAGUUUGAAGCAACGCAUCUUUACUUUUUAGGUGACGUUUUUGUAGCCGUCGCGGUCGUUGUUUCUUAAGCUCCCUCAUAACAGAGUUCUUAUGGAAAACUUAUUUUGCCAUAGUUAUACGUUUGUUUCGAAGCGCUUUUCCUAUUCUGGUUAUAAGCCCCCUCCCUUUAUAAGCUUUCCUACCUGAUCGUUACGUUAGGAUGUAUUAUUAACCGCAUCUACAGUGAAUUCGUUGAUGUCUGAGAAAGGCCGAUUUUUAUGCUGAUAUUUCAGGUCCAGAGAGAAGUGCUUGAAUCACAUAUCCAGUGUGAAACCAGCCAUCAUCUUAAUUUGAGUUGUUGUAAGUUAAACGGCACUCAGGAUGAACUGAGAAAACUUCAAACUAAAGUGAGGAAACUUGUGGAGAGAGAAAACAUCCGCCACAAUGAAAUUGAAGAAAGAGUGCAGGCCCGCCAAAAUCAUUUGGAAGAAAGAGUACAGGCCCUUGAAAAUCAUUUUGAAGAGAGAGUUAACGUGCUAACAGAUAUCAAUCAUAAAUUAAAGGGAGAUCUGAAUACCACUCGCAUUGCACUCUUAUUUUGCUCUGCCGUUUUUAUCGUUAUUAUUGCUGUGUUGCUUGGCCGUUUGGAAACAAAGCUCGAAGAGCAAAUUAAUGGCGUGCGAAACAAGCUUACAAGGAAAGUGGGUGAAGUAGAAAAGAUUCUGGAAUUUAAAGUGACUGAUGUACGUGGACAGCUGAUGAAGGAUUUGAAUAAAGUUAAGAAAAGUCUGACAGUUAAAGUCGAAGAUCUUGAAAAGAGCGUAAGUAGCAUGUAUGUAAUCAACUAAAAAUAACUUGAUGAAGGUCAGUUAAACGACAGAACUGUCAGAAUUGACUUUUUAAAAAAUGCUACUGAAUGCAAAUGAAUGCCAAAAUGAAGGAUUAAAAAACAUCCUAUUUAAACACAAACAACGAAAAUACUGUGUCAAAAAUACCGUAAAAUUCCGAAAAUGAGCCCUUUCAUGUAUAAGCCCCUUAAGACCUCCAAAUUGGUUAAUAACGCAAAAAACCCUCCGUUAACUCACCCCUCCGAACAUAAUCUCCCCGGGCUUAUACUUGGAAAUUGUGGCCUCAAAUGCAAAAUAAAAUAAAGCAAAACGGUACAGUAACACAUAGCGUAUGGGGCCGUCUGUACAUAGGCUUAGGAACACCGAUUUUUUUCUUUGCCAUACUAAUUGCGUGUGCCAAUUGACACUGUUGAAGCGCCAUAGAUUCCGAACUGUUGGUGACAAGUCUGGACUUUUGUUAAGAUUCAUUUUUUCGUGUGAACAGUGUUAUAUACCUUAUUAUUGACGUUCAUUACCUUUAACUGGGUAUUUCGUUUUCAAUAAAGUAAUUUGCGGUUGUGUUUUAAGCAUUGCUGACUUUUUGAAAGAUCUACACUCAUCCUCUCGGCCGAUAACAGUGGCCUACGCGCGAGACCUGCUUAAUUCUUUACAUCAUACUCAGCCUCGUUCAUUAAUUGUAAUCACUCGUUACCAAUUUUUCUUCCUUUUUAUUGGCCGAAAGCCUACCACGUGACCUGCAAAUAACUGCCUGCAAAUAAUGGUCUGUUCAUUCGCAGUGUCGUCCAACUUUGUUUGGCUGCAAAUAAUUAGCAAUUAUUGGACGAGGUUAAGCAAAAUAUCGUGAUUUGUCUGUGGCGAGCAGAUCAAUUAUUUGCCGAAGCCGAAGGCUGAGGAAAAUAAUUGAUCUGCGAGACACUGACAAAUCACGACAUUUUGCGAUAACCGAGUUCAAUAAUUGUUUUAUCAUUCGAUCACUGAGUUUGUUUUUUAAUAAAUAAUUUCUUCGGAAAGCGGUUAGCGCGCGCUGCCUUCCAGGAGUAAUUACAGAGAUCAAAUGGGUUCCUUCUCAUUUCAAUAAUUUAGUCUUUCGGCUUUAACUUGUAAAUACAGUUGACCGUUCCAUAACAAAAUGUAUCCAUCAAUUAAACUCAUGAAGAAUUUUAAGAACAAGUUAACAGUCUUCAAGAACUUGAAAUCCGAAAAAAGGUAAAAUAUAUUCAUUCAAUAAUGAGUAGCAUCAACACGCUGGAUGAAAAUGUACUUUUAAGACUAAAAGUUAAAAGUGCAGUUGCAAAAAUUGUUAGCUGUCUGAAUCCAUCAAUUAAACUCAUGAAGGAUUUUAAGAACAAGUUAACAGUCUUCAAGAACUUGAAAUCCGAAAAAAGGUAAAAUAUAUUCAUUCAAUAAUGAGUAGCAUCAACACGCUGGCUGAAAAUGUACUUUUAAGACUAAAAGUUAAAAGUGCAGUUGCAAAAAUUGUUAGCUGUCUGCUGUGUUUUAGAUUGUCCAUACUUAGCUCGUUAAGAAUGAGCUCUUCUUGAGAGGCUGCGAGAAGUGGUUGCAGUGCACUCUCUGCGGCAGGAAUCUCGCUAUGGUUUACGGUCUUCUUAUUGUUCAGUGAUUCGGCUAAUGUCUCCGACAUUUUCCUCUUCGUGCUCAAGCUUGUUUGGGAAGAAUAACUCCUGAUAUUACUUUCAUUCCUGUGACCUGACACUGCCAUUAUUUGCCGGGCUUCGUAUCCUUCGUAUUAGGAUCGAGUAAACAUGCCAAAUCGCUCUCUGCCAAGUCGGCGAAGCGAUCUGCCAUGAUCGCAAGAAGGAGCAAGCGUGGUUUCAUUUACGCAUAAGCAGAAUAGUAUUUGCAGCCAAAAACAGUUGAAAUACAUUGCGCAUGAGCACACCAUUAUUUGUAGGCAGUUAUUUGCAGGUCUCGUGGUCGGCUCUCCGCCAAUAAAAAGGAAGAAACAUUUGCAUCGGAUGAUAAUAUAUAUUCUGCUCAUGCAUAAAUGAAACCAGGCUUUUCUCUUUCUUGCGAUGGCUCUUGCGUGAAAAUUUCCAGAUCGCUUCGCUUCCCGAAGAUAUUGCUUAAAAAUCAAACUCAGUGAUCGAAUGAUAAAACAAUUAUUGAUCUCAGUUAUCGCAAAAUGUCGGAAUUUGUCAGUGUCUCGCAGAUCAAUUCGGCUUCGGUAAACAACUGAUCUGCUCGCCAUGAAAAAUGACGAUAUUUUUGCUCAACCUCGUCCAAUGAUUAUUAAGUAUUCGAAGCCAUUUUGUAUAAUUAAGGGCUAGAUUUGUUAAUUAUUUCGUACAUCAUAGACGUUGUGUUUGAACUUCAGAUUCAAAGAAGGGAGGUUGAGAAGCAUUCAGAAGAAAACUGUAAUCCUUUUACGUGGAAGAUAACCAGCUAUGGUGAAGCCUUGAGAAAAGCCAAAAGUGGAAAGGAAAUUAUUUUGAACAGUUCUACAUUUUACAGUUGUGGAUAUAAAUACAAGUUAUUAUUCUGUCCAAAUGGUAAUGGCGAAGGAGAAAACACCCACCUGUCCUUUUUCUUAGUAAUAAUGAAAGGUGAAUACGAUGCCAUGUUAACCUGGCCUUUCCAUAAAAUGGUAACAAUGACGUUGAUUGAUCAACAGGAGAAAGCGAAAGACAGGGAGAACAUUGCAAUGUCCCUUAUAACAAUUGAUUCCCCAGAGUCCUAUGAGAGGCCUGUAAACGAUGAAAACGAUGCGAGAGGCUUUCGUCAAUUUGUAUCUCACGAAAAACUGCAAGAGAGGCGCUACAUUGUGGACGACACUAUAUUCAUUCAGAUUCGCAUCACUUCAUCGGGAUAG